GUUGGAUUCUCGAGUCUCUUCGUCGAAAUGCCAUUGAAUCGCGUCUGACAGAAUUUUCAACUCGCCGGACAGAAGAACCGGCCGUCGCCUUUGUAGAGGUUUCUCUUUUCUGGGAGAUUGUAAAACUCCGGGUGCUUUUUGUUCCUCUCCGAUGGGGGAAUACAGACACGGCGGCGGCACGUCAAUGGGUAUCGCGGCAAGAAAGCUCUUCUUCGGCGUAUUCCCGUUCAUCUCCGCCGUGUUCCUGCUCUCCUGGUUCGUCGUCGUCCGGUCCUCCACCGCCCGCCCAAGCUUCCUCGACCACGCAUUUUUACCCACAGUCACCACUCUUUCCGUCGUCAAAAGCGACAUCCCCCUCCAACAACAGCUCUCCACUCCCAGCUCCUUCUCCACCAGAGCACGCGCAAUCCUCGUCGACAACGACACAAAACCAGAACAAAUCAACAACAUCGUCUCCACCACCACCAAUCUAGACGCCGGACCCAAGCCCGUGAACGAAGAUAAGCCCAUAAUUAGACCCGAAAUCAGAGCUACUAGCACCAAUGGUGAUGUGAAAUGCAAUGCUGAAAGCAGCCUGAAGCCACCACAACAGCAGCAAUUGAAGGUUUACAUGUACGACAUGCCGCCGGAAUUCCACUUCGAGCUCUUGGGUUGGAAGCCGGAGGAGCCGGGCCGAGUCUGGCCCGACAUAAAAUCCCACAUACCCGGCUACCCAGGCGGGCUCAAUCUGCAACACAGCAUAGAGUACUGGCUAACACUCGACCUCCUAGCCUCUGAAUUCCCCGAGAUCCCUCGAGCUGGGAGCGCGAUUCGAGUUCGCAACUCGAGCGAGGCGGACGUCUUAUUCGUGCCAUUCUUCUCUUCACUGAGCUACAACAGGUACUCCAAGGUAAACCCGCACCAGAAGAAGAGCAGGAACAACGUGUUGCAGGACAAAGUGGUGAAGUACGUGACGUCGCAGCCGGAGUGGAAGAGGUCCGGCGGGAGGGACCAUCUGGUGAUGGCACACCACCCCAAUAGUAUGCUGAGUGCGAGGAUGAAGCUGUGGCCGGCGAUGUUUGUGUUGUCGGAUUUCGGGAGGUAUCCGCCCAAUGUGGCGAAUGUGGAGAAGGAUGUGAUUGCGCCUUACAAGCAUGUUAUUAAGAGCUAUGUGAAUGAUAGUUCGGAGUUUGACACCAGACCCACCUUGCUCUAUUUCCAGGGUGCCAUUUACAGGAAAGAUGGUGGACUGGCGAGGCAAGAGCUGUUCUACCUGCUGAAGGACGAGAAAGACGUGCAUUUCCAAUUCGGUAGCGUAAAGAAAGACGGCAUCCACAAGGCAUCUCGAGGCAUGCACUCGUCCAAAUUCUGCCUCAACAUAGCCGGCGACACACCCUCGUCGAACCGGCUCUUUGACGCAAUUGCCAGCCACUGUGUCCCGGUGAUCAUCAGCGACGAGAUCGAGCUCCCCUACGAGGACGUCCUGGACUACUCAGAAUUCUGUGUGUUCGUCAAGACGUCCGACGCAGUCAAGGAGAAGUUCUUGAUCAACUUCAUCCGGAGCAUCAAGAAAGAGGAAUGGACUAGGAUGUGGACGAGGUUGAAGGAAGUCGAGCGGUUCUUUCAGUUCCAGUACCCUUCGGUGGAAGGAGAUGCUGUACAAAUGAUAUGGCAGGCGGUAGGGAGAAAGGUUCCGGGCAUAAGGAUGAAGAUAAACAGGGCUAGGAGAUACUCGCGGUUUGCUGUUACCGACACUCAUAGAGAUGGUGGAAGGGGUGGAGGAGCAGGACGGCGAUCUAGGCAUCAUAUACGUACGCCGAAGAACUUUUGGUGA